AACACGCAACACGGAGAUUACAAGACCGACACUUGAGUAUGACAGUCUCCGUCGGCUUGCCCUGGUCGAAUGAGGGGUAUAUCUGAUAAUGAUAAGGCAAAAAGGUUAAGGCUGCGAACGAAGAGCCGAAACCCGUAAAGCGGAAAGGCGCGCAUCGCUCUCUCAUUUGGUUUCCAUUUUUAUUCCAUUUCCAUUUCCAUCUUCGCCCUCUUCUUGGUUUUCUUCUCAUUGUUUGUCUUAUUCUUAGCCAAUCUUUUGGCUGCCGUAUUACUACUCGCUUUCAAUCGCAGCUUCACAUACCUCAUUAAAGAAGGCAGACAGAGAGAUAGCAACAAUGUCCUCUCCAGAACGCAAGCAGUGGAUUCUCAACGCUUUUGCCAUGCAAUCGCCCUCACACCUUAACCCAGGCCUCUGGAAAGCGCCAGGUGACAACGGUCCGCGCUACACUGACCUCUCAGCCUGGAUCGCGCUCGCCCAGAAGCUUGAAGCCGCCAAGUUCCACGCCAUAUUCUUCGCCGAUGUCCUCGGGGGUUACGAUGUCUACCGCGGUCCUGCAAACCUCACACCUACAAUUCCUGCAGGAGCCCAAUUCCCAAUAAACGACCCCCUCUACUCCAUCCCUGCCAUGGCCGCAGCUACCAAAACCCUAGGCUUCGGAGUCACCUCCUCGACUACCUAUGAAGCCCCAUACUCCCUAGCACGCAAGUUCUCCACGGUAGACCACCUUACCAAUGGUCGCGUUGCCUGGAACAUUGUGACCUCCUACCUGGACUCAGCGGCGCGCAACUUCCCGGGCAAUUCCCAGGUUCAGGUCCCACAUGACACGCGCUAUGCGAUUGCGCACGAGUACCUCGAUGUGUGCUAUAAGCUAUGGGAGGGCUCCUGGCGCGAUGACGCAACAGAUGCGCGAUACAAGCUUGCAGGGAGCUAUGCCGAUCCUGCGGGCGUCCGACAAAUAGAGCAUGUCGGGACUCACUUCAAAGUCCCUGGGCCGCAUAUCUGCGAGCCCUCACCACAGCGGACGCCAUUCCUUUUCCAAGCUGGUACUAGUGGUGCGGGCCGCACCUUCGCCGCCCAGCAUGCCGAAGCGGUGUUUCUAAAUGGGCAUGCUCCACAUCUCGUGCGGCCAUCCGUGGAUAGUAUCCGCGACCAGGCCGAGUCUCUAGGCCGCCCACGGGAUGCAAUCAAGAUCGUGGCAGGCUUGCUGGUUAUUGUGGAUGAGACGGAUGAAAAGGCUCACGCGAAAUACAAGGCGAUCCUUAGCCAUGGGGAUAGAGAGGGAGCUCUCGCGCUGUUCGGGGGCUGGUCUGGUAUCGACCUGUCCACCUAUAGUGACGAUGAAGAUUUCCGUUUUGUGGAAAGUAAGGCGGUGAAAAGUAUGGUAAAUCAUUGGUCUUCGACAGUACCGGGUUUAGGAGACGUGCCUUGGACAAAAUCCCGGAUUUCAGAAUUCCUACUAGUGGGAGGGAAUGGGGUGAAGGUCGUUGGAAGCGCCACGACGGUUGCGGACGAGCUGGAGAGAUGGGUAGCUGAGGCGGACGUGGAUGGGUUUAAUUUAAGUUAUGCGACAAAUCCGGGGACCUUUGACGACAUUAUUAAGUAUCUGUUGCCUGAACUACGCAAGAGGGGGGUGUUUUGGGAGGAUUAUAAAGUACCAGGAGGAACGUUAAGAGAGACUUAUACUGGAAGCGAGGGGCAAACGAGGUUGCCCGCAAGUCACCCAGGGGCAAGGUUUGUAUGGAGGUCAGGGGAGGAGCUGCCAAAAUAUAUCAAAGAACAACAUGAGAAAGCGAAUGGAGAGACGAACGGAAAUACCAGUACGAAGAGGAAGAUUAGCGAGACAGAGGGACAAGGGCUAGACGCGGAGAAUGGUGUGAAACGAGUAGAUAGGUAA